AUGGGGAACGAAGGAAGUGUGGAAGGGGAGGGCCAACCGGGGCAACCUGGCUCCGCCGCUCCUCCAGCGGGGGCUCCGGGUUCUAUUUCAGCACCGGCGGGCGCUGGACAGCUCAUCAAGCCCAGCAAUGGUGCGCCAGUCGGUGGCACCGGUAGCGGACCCGGCCCGGGGAUUAACAGUGUUGGUGGCGGUCCUAAGCCGGGCGCUCCGUCUCCAGGGCCCGGGGCCCCUCAGCAGGCCGCAGCGCAGCCGGCCGCUCCCGAGCAGCAGGGCCACGUGGCCAGGAAGACCCUGCAGGUGGACGUGGGCAGCAGCAAGACGGGGCGCUCUCCGUCCGCGUCGCCCGACCGCAGCGCCCCGUCCUCGCCCUACUCCGUGCCCCAGAUCGCGCCCAUGCCCAGCAGCAAGCUGUGCCCGGUGUGCAAGACGGCCGACCUGACGGACCCCACGACCGGCCAGCCGCACGGCAACACAUGCACGCAGUGCAACUCCCUAGUGUGCAACCAGUGUGGGUUCAACCCCAACCCUCACCUCACAGAGGUCCAAGAGUGGUUGUGUCUGAACUGUCAGAUGCAGAGGGCUCUGGGAAUGGACAUGACCACGCCGCGCUCCAAGAGCCAGCAGCAGAUCCACUCUCCCUCCCACCAAGCCAAACCUGAGCUCCAGCCCCCAGCCCAGCCCCCAGCCCAGCCCCAGCCCCAGGCUCCCCCGGCCCAGGCACAACCACAACAGCCACACCCAGGCCCACAGUCCCAGCCCCCCCCUGGUCCUGGCCAGCAGCCGGGCCCCAGGCCCCAGGGCAAGCUCCCUGCUCCCGGCGCCGUCCCGCUCCCAGGCAUGGCCAAAGCCCCGUCCCAGCCGGACCUCUCCCGCUCGGGCCCGUCUCCUCAGGGCGGCGGCCCGGCUCGGCAGGACCAGACCCGGAGCGCCGGGAGCUCUCCGUCCCGCCAGCCCCCGCCCCCGGAGCAGCCCUUCGGGAAGCUCUUUGGCUUCGGCUCCUCGCUGCUCAACCAGGCCAGCAACCUCAUCACCAUGGAGCCCCCUAAAGGAGGACCGGCCCCCCCUCAGCAGCAGCAGCAGCAGCAGCAGACGCCCGCCAAGGGCCCCCCCAAACAGGGGCCUGCGGGCAGACCCAUGGGGCAGCAGGCGCCGCCUGGCCAGCAGCAGCAGCAGCAGAAGCCGCCGGACCCCUCGGCCAAGGCCAACUGCCCCCUCUGUAAGACGGACCUGAACGUGGGCAAAACGGCCGAGCCUCCCAACUACAACACCUGCACUCAGUGCAAGACCCAGGUGUGCAACCUGUGUGGAUUCAACCCCACGCCCCACAUCGUGGAGAAUAAAGAAUGGCUCUGUCUGACCUGUCAAACUCAGAGAGCCAUGUCCGGAGCCUUGGGAGAACCUCCAGCCACUGUCCCUCAGCCAAUGGGAUCCCCAGGGCCCCCAGGCCCAACCAAUCAGCAGCAAAGAGGCCCCGGUCAACAAGCAGGAAUAAGGCCCACAGGCCCACAACAGCACAAACCCCCUGGCGCCCAAGACUCAAACAAAUCUAGUACGCAGAGCCUGAGUGAUACAGGUUACUCAUCGGAUGGCAUCUCUAGCUCCCAUAGUGAGAUCACAGGACUGAUCCAAGAGGAAGGGGUGAAACUGAAUGAGAGGGGGCAACCCAUCCAGCAGAGAAGCCCCCCAAGCCCCUCGGAACUCACCAAGCUAGAGAGCUCCAUGAGGCCCCUGUUAGAGUCCAAAAUGACCCCAGAGCAGAAGGCACAGGAAGCGCUGGAACAACAGAGACCUGGCUCCCUAACCAUAUCAAAGGAGCAGCAGCGCUACGACUCUGACGAAGCUCGCGAGGCAUCCUCAGACGAACUGAGCUGCAAACUUCGUCACGACUAUGUAGAGGACAGCAGUGAGAGCGGACUCUCGCCACUGCCGGCCCGGCAGAAGAAAUCACAGAAAGACAUGACUGACGAGGAGUUCAUGAGGAGACAAAUCAUGGAAAUGAGCGCAGACGAAGAGGAGACAGGGGAAGGCGAAGGCUACGGUCAACAGAAAACGAAAAAGACUCAGAAGCAAAGUGGAGACACGGCAAAAGACAAACGACGACUCACUCAACACUCUAGCAGCUUUGAAGAGGACCCCAAAGGUGGUGAGGGUGCCUAUGGGGAAGGCGGAGAUGGCGUCAUGGCUGGCGGCCUAAGACGCUUCAAGACCAUCGAGCUGAACAAUACCAACAGCUACAACCGCGACAUUGAGCUCAACACAGAACACGACCUCAGGGAGCCGGAACUUGAGAUGGAAAGCCUGACAGGAUCCCCUGAGGAGCGGUCAAGAGGGGAAUACUCCUCAACUCUGCCGGCCACGACUCCCAGCUACACCUCAGGCACAUCUCCGACAUCUGUAUCUUCCAUGGAGGAUGACAGUGAUAGCAGUCCGAGCCGAAGGCAAAGGUUAGAAGAGGCCAAACAGCAGAGGAAAGCACGGCAUCGCUCCCAUGGUCCACUUUUACCCACCAUUGAGGACUCAUCUGAGGAGGACGAACUGAGGGAAGAGGAAGAACUCCUUAGGGAGCAAGAGAAAAUGAGGGACUUGGAGCAGCAGAGAAUUCGCAGCACUGCUAGGAAAACCAAACGCGACAAAGAAGAGCUCCGAGCACAGAGACGGAGAGAGAGGUCCAAGACGCCCCCUAGUAAUCUGUCUCCUAUCGAGGAUGCUUCCCCAACAGAAGAGUUGAGGCAAGCAGCUGAGAUGGAGGAACUUCACAGGUCAUCCUGCUCCGAAUACUCACCCUCCAUGGAUUCAGAGGCAGAGGGUUUUGAGGUUGGGGGUACAAAGAUAUACAAGUCUGGCAACUUGCCCACAUUUAUGUCUCUCUACUCUCCCACAGAAGCACCCUCCGCAACAUCGCCGUCUGCAGCAGAUAAAUCACUGAAAAGUGCUGAGGAGGUUUAUGAGGAAAUGAUGAGGAAGGCAGAAAUGAUGCAGAAACAACAACAUAUGCAGCCAGGAAGGCAAGUGGUGCUGGGCGAGGUUCCCCAGGAGUUCAUGCAGCUCAGCAGUAUGCUGGCCAGCAGCCCAGAGGUGCCCCAUCAACUGGUGCCCCUGCAACAGGUCCUCAGGGCAAUGUUCGACAACCAGGGGUUGUUGCUGCACCACCACCACAGGGGUCCCAUAUACCACAACGAAGUGGAGCUCCACGCCUCUCAAGGCAACAAUCCUCGCAGGAUUCACCACCGUGGCUCUAUGCCUACGGAAAGCAUAUCACUUUGUCGAAUCUCAACUGUUCCAGGGACAUCACGGGUGGUGGAACAGAGUCAAAUGUCAACAGGUAGUAAUGUGGUCGACCUAAGAACUCCCAUGAAGCCUACUCCAAUCAUCAUGACAGAUCAGGGCAUGGAUCUAACAUCCCUGGCAACAGAUACAAGAAGAUAUUCCUUUGGCUCAGAGAACCCCCCCACUCGCCUCACUGCAGUUCAGCCUUUAAUAAUGAAUCUGAAUUCACAGGAGCAAACUCAUGUAACAGCAACAACCCCAACUACAGUAAGUGUGACAGUUGCAGCUUCCAUGUUCAUAUCUCAGCCAAAGCAACCUGUGGUAUAUGGAGACCCCCUUCAGAAUCGUGUGGACUUCGGGCAAGGGGUUGUAGCUCCUGUUUGUCUGACUCAGACCAAACCACAAAUGCCUGACCCACAACAGCAGCUCCUGGAACAGCAGCUCCAGCAACAUCAGCAUACAACAUCAUUUGCUCGUUACAACUUGGCAAACCAAGUUCAGCCAAUAUUAUUAAAGAAAGACCUGAUGGUGAACCAGACUACCAGUGGAAAUGUGGUGACUGAAGAACCUCCUCCACCACCACCAGCACCUGAAGUUCUUGAUCUCACGGGAUCACAAAUAAAAUCAGAAAACCAGAUUGCUUGCUGUGAUGUUGUCUAUAAGCUGCCAUUUGCUGGAGGUUGCUCAGGCUCUUUGAUUCAGAGGCCCAAGGUAGGAACCCCAGACCAGAAUCCUACAGGUGAACUCUCUCAAACACCCCACCCAGUUCCUUCUCAACACCCAGGUCCUGGACAGCAGUCUCAGCAAGGGAAAGAUGCCUUCCAGCCAGCGGCUAUGCAUGGGCCAACCAGUGAACAGCAGAAACAAUACAAUACUUUGCCCGCUCCUGGGCGCCUUCAGCCAUCAAUGUCAGACACUAACUUGGCAGAUGCAGGACUUCAGUACUAUCAAAGAGCUGAUCCAGGCGAUCUUGCUGUAGAUUUGUCUGCUAUGAAGCAGGCUUAUGAACAGGCAUAUCUGGGGAUUGGAGCACAGUAUGGGUCCUACACAGACCUGAGGCACCAAGGAGAUGUUGCUGGCCCACCCUUACCCCUUAGACGGUAUGGGUCCAUGUCCAAUAUCAAUGCAGACUAUGGUGGCUACUCUUCUCGUGACAUGGCAGGCUUUCAAGAAUCCAAUCUAGCACAGUACAGUGCUACCACUGCCAGGGAGAUCGGUAGGAUGUGUGCUGCUCUUAAUUCCAUGGAUCAGUUUGGUGGCCGUUAUGCCAAUCCUGAACUUCUCCAGUAUGCUGCUAGAACAGGAGGAGGCCCAAUGGGUAGACUCAAUCUUCAACAAGGUUUGGCAUCUAUCAGAGCCAACCUGUUGUAUGGUCUUGAUGGUAGGCCCACUGUCCAAGGACAAACACUUACCAACCUUAUCAAUGCCAGACAAGCAAGCCUAAGGGCACUGUAUCCAACCGCCAUGAGGGGCCCUGAUGGCAUGACAUAUUCCACUAUCAAUACCCCCAUAGCCUCCACGUUGCCAAUCACUACCCAGCCUUCCUCUGUUAUACGACCACCCAUGGUACAAGGAGUGUAUAGACCAUAUCCUCCAAGCAAUGUGACUGCUGUACCCUUGGCUAGCCUCACCAGGUUGCCUCAAGUGACUCCAAGGAUGCCUCUGUCUUCACAAGGUCCUUAUAGAUAUCCAACUCCAACUCCAAAUCGUUACCCAACAACGAUCCCUCCUGUAAGCAUCCCAGGGCCAAGCACACCCACUCAAGAAGCACCCAUGUACCUUGGAAAGCCUUCAGUGGCUGGCCCUGUCAAUACUGCCUCUACAGAUACAGCGUCAGACACAACUAUAACAACUAGCGGUAAUGAUGAGAAAGACAAGGAAGAUGACCGUAUGAAGCAGCAACAAGACCAAAUGUUGAAUCUCGAGAGAGAGCGCAUUGAGCUGGAGAAGCUUAGACAGCUGCGGUUGCAAGAAGAGCUGGAGAGGGAUCGUCUUGAGCUUCAGCGUCACAGAGAGAAAGAGCAACUGAUUGUGCAACGGGAAAUCCAGGAACUUCAAAGCCUGAAGCACCAUGUCCUACAGCAGCAACAAGUGGAGAGGGAAACUCAGCUGGUCAUGCAAAGGGAACAACUGGCCCAACAGCGAUUCCAGUUGGACCAGAUCCAGACUCUGCAGCAGCAACUACAGCAGCAACUGGAGGAACAGAAAAGACAGAAAACCGUAGCAGUAGAGGCAGCCGCAGCUGCAGCAGCAGCUGAAGCCGCUGCAGCAUCUGCUGCUGCUGCAGCUGCAGCCACCACUGCUCAAGGAGCCAUACAGGGCGUUAUGGUUGGUGGACAGUUUUGGCAGCCCUACGUGGAGGGCCAGUCAGUGCAGGCUGUGAUGGCCUCAAGGUCUAUUCCAAGCUCUGCCUCCGAGAUGUCCCUCAAGAACAGUGAGGAUGUUGGGGAUGGAAAGGUGAUGAGGAAGCAGAAUUCCAUGCCACGACUGAGGGACGGCUCGGAGGAGGAGCCUGUUAGGAGGAUCGCUGACUGCUGUGUUCAGACAGAUGACGAGGACGCCGAGGACAGGUACAUGUCGAGGCGUAGGAGGACCAGGCGCAAUGUGGACUGUAGCGUUCAGACAGACGAGGAGGACCAGGGAGAGAUGGAGCAACCUGUCCGACGCAGGAGAUCACGGAUUACCAAGCACUCUGACUCCAGCACUGAAAACAAGGGCGACGCCACAUCUAGAGUCACCUCGAGCAUUGCCAUCCAAACGUCCAAUGACUCCUCAUGCCAGACUGAACCAGACCAGCUGGGAAGAGUCUCACCUGCAAUUCACAUAACUAUGGCAGAGACGUCAAAGGUAGAGCUUUUACACUACAUCUCUGCCCCAGAGAGGACUCAGAAAGGAGAAAGCCUGGCCUGCCAAACUGAUCCUGAAGCCCAGUCCCAGGGUGUGGUAGCGCCACAGCUAAGUGUUCCCACUACUGUCAGUCCAUACACUACUAGUCUGCAAAUGGUUGGUUCCACCCAAUCGAAAUUUGAAAGAAGGAAACCAGAUCCACUGGACAUUGGCUACCAGCAGCAAACCCAACAGCAGAACGAGUCUCCUUCCCGCCAACCCCCCAAGUCCCCGCAGGUGCUGUACUCCCCUGUGUCCCCGCUGUCUCCACAUCGCAUGCUGGAGACCACCUUUGCCUCCAGCGAGAAGCUCAAUAAGGCCCACGUGACGCCGCAGCAGAAAGCCUUCACUGCUGAGUCUCCUCAGAAGCACCAGUCUCUCCCGAGGCCCAUAAAGAGCGUGCAGCGCUCCAUGUCUGACCCCAAGCCCCUCAGCCCCACGUCAGAAGACCCUUCCAAGACCAGGUUCUCCAUGUACUCAAAUCAAACUCUCCCCAGCAACCAGAUGGCCGCCCUGCAGCAGCAGCAGCAGAACUUGCUGAUGAGGAAGGUGAAGAGAACUCUUCCCAGCCCUCCCCCAGACGAGUCUCCACUCCCUAUAGUCACCCCUGCCAUGACCCAGAUGUACAGCUCUCCAGGUAUGCCACAGAGGGUCCUGCCGAGGCCUGCCCAGGGCGUCACCAAGGCUGGGCUUCUGCACGAGCUGAAGGCCGUGGAACAGGAGUCCUCUAAGCUCCGCAAGCAGCAGGCUGAGCUAGAGGAAGAGGAGAAGGAGAUCGACGCUAAGCUGAGGUAUUUGGAACUGGGCAUCAACCAGCGCAAGGAGACGCGCGUCAAGGAGAGAGAGAGGAGAGAUGCCUACUUGCGAUCCAUGGGAGAUCUGCGAGACUACAUGACCGACAGUGAGCUCAACAGCCUGCAGCUAAGUAACCUCGCAGCUAUGACAGGGGCCUACGAAGGCAACGGACUGCUGACGCGCCCCAGCACCGCACCAAUGAACCAGUUCGCCGCCGACCUGAGUGCAGCUUCUCAGUAUCCCCCAACGUCCUCCUUUGGGACGUUCCCUUACCCCCAAAGCCAGUCUACAGCCUCACAGCAACCCACUGGGGGAUAUCACCAGAUCGGCUUCCAACCCCCGCAGUACCCAGCAGCUUCACAGCCUCAGCCAGGAACCUUCCAGCCUCAUCCACAGCCCUCCACCUACCAGGCCCCAGGAUCCUUCCCUUCCCACAGCUAUGGUCAGUCCACCUAUCAGCCGGACCUGACAAGCCACACAGGUUUCCAACCUCCUCCCGGUUCGUCGCAGACUCUGCCCUACCCAAGCCAAAGCAUGUCUUUCCAGCCCACUGCAGAUAUGCUGACAGUUCACCAAAGGCCACGGCAGACCUCGCUGGCUGACCUUGAGCAGAAGCUACCCACCAACUAUGAGGUCAUUAGCAAUCCUGCGGUUUCUGUGGCCUCCUCUGUUCAGGACACUGGCUUCAGUGGAGCCUAUGUGUCCACAACUAUGUCCAACACCUAUGGGCAGUAUAGGACCCCUGAGCAGACCCUGUCUGAUCGCAUCCCGAGCCCCACAUCUGGAUACGGAACGGAUGGUCUCUACACUACUAACCUGGAACAGAACAUCCCCAGAAACUAUGUCAUGAUCGAUGAUAUCAGUGAACUGACAAAAGCUGAGAACAUGGGGCCUGCUGUUGACAGUCUUGGGCAUCCUACGACUGGCCGUUAUGGCAGUGAGAAUGGUCCAUCCGCACGGGGAAGCGGUUACGUUGAGGAGUAUGAUGAGUAUGGAAGGCCCAAGGCCACCACUGGAUACCAUCAGCAAGGCGCAGUGGACAGCCUCGGCAGACCGACCACCACUUCAAGUUCCUCCUACUACUACGAUGAUUAUAACAAACACCCUUCCAGUCGUGGGGGAUCCCAGAGGCACUCAACCAAGAGUCUGGGCCCUGCUGUGGUGUCCUCCAAGCGCAGCAAGCACAGGAAGCAAGGAAUGGAACAAAAAGUGUCCAAGUUUUCACCGAUUGAAGAAGCAAGGGAUGUGGAGUCUGAUCUUGCCUCCUAUCCCAUGACCACCACGUCUGGUGGUACUGGAACCGGAAGAACCAAAAAGAUCCAGGAGGACUCGUAUGGUUUUAAAAAGAGCGUGUAUGAUGAUCAGAAAUAUUACGGCUCCAGCCGAGAGGCCCUGGAAGAGGAGGAGCGCAUGUACGGCUCGGGGAGAUCCAGGUCUACGGGCUACGGCAUGGACAAGAUCUCCUCCCGGGACUCGAGUGGCUACAGGAGCAAGUCCUACGAGAGAGACAUGAUGGAACGCUCCCAGAGGGGUGGAGGCCGAACUGGGCGCAACGCCAUGCGCCCCCAAAACUCUGAGGAGGAGAGUCCACUCAGCCCUGUCGGAAAACCAAUGGGCAUUGGCCGAGGCACGGUCGCGGUCGAUCCGCAUGAUGUAAGGAACCAGUACGGCUCCACUCACUCCUUACCGGAUGUGCAGGACCACAUGAAGGAUAUACCAAGGAGCCAUGUCUACAAACCAGACGACCCUUACCUUGUAGAUGACAUGCACUGUGCCGUGUCUGACAGUGAAGCCUAUCAUUUGGGUCAGGAAGAGACAGACUGGUUCGAGAAGCCCCGAGAGGCUCGUAGUAGCCGCUCUCGUCAUCACGAAGGAGGAGGCCACACUUCUGCGAGCCGCAGGGGCAACGUGAAGCACACCUACCAUGACUACGACGAGCCGCCCGAGGAGGACCUGUGGCCUGUGGACGAGUACGGACAGCCACGGCCACCGACGUCCACGUCGUCACGGGAACACCGCCACCACGGCAGCAGCAGUUCCGGAAGGCACUCAACCCGGCAUUCCGGAGAGGAACCCCGCUCCUCCCGUUCUUCGCGCUCACACCCUAAGGAUCCGUCCGCUCGAUCUGGAGAAGGCCGUGGAACGUCUAGCGGCCAGAGGAGAGGUGACUCACGAUCUUCCCAGGGCGGCUACCGAGAUUCCGAGCACGCCAGAGACCCGGGCCACCACCACAGCAGCUCUGGGGGCCAGAGGGGGCAGCGGCCGCCCGGCUCUUCCCGAAGAGGAGAUCCAGACUCCAGGCAGCAGCCGCAGCAGCAGCAGCCGCAGCAGCAGCAGGGUCCUGCGGGACAGCAGCCUCCGCAGCAAGGACAGCAGCAGCAGCAGCAGCAGCCGCAGCAGCGCUCCAGCGCAGGACAGCAGCAGACAGGACGACAGCCAUCAGAGCCCGGCCAGCAGACACGUGGUCAGCAGCAGCAACAACAACAACAACAACAACAACAACAGCAGCAACAUCAUCAACAACCACAUCAACAACAGCAACAGCAAGCUGGUCAGCAUCACCAGCAGCAACCGACGAGCGCAAUGGAUGCUCCGAGCGCCACCGCGGCCACUGCAGGCCCCACGGCUGCUCAGCAGCAAGCCAAACCGGGCCCAACUGGACCAACACAAGGACCACCCCAGCCAGCAGGACCAGCCGCAGGCCUGCCACCAGCAGCGGCGAAGCCAGCAGCCGCCGCUACACCUCCCCCUGCGACAGCCAUAGGGGCCAAAGCAGCCCCAGGCCAGGCUGCCAAACCGCCUCAGACUCCUGCGACUGGAAUUGGCUCCAAAGCGGCGCCCAGGCCCGUGGGGAUCGGGAGUGCGGCGGCCCCCCCCGGAGGUCAGCCCCCCCCAGCGGAGGGGGACAACGUCCUCACCAAGAUCCUGCAGGGAGGGGCAGCAGAGCAGGCGGGAAAACUGGGAGAUGCGGUGUCUGCUCUGGGGAAGAAGUUCACCUCGUUCUGGUGAGCAGCUGAGGGCCAGGGUGACGACAGGGAGAAAUACAUUCGGAUUAGUACUGGAAAAAAUGAAAUGGAACUGUUUUUAUCAUUUAUCAUUUAAUAUGACAUUACUGGAACGGAGGAUGCCUAAGAGUUUUUGGUUGAUGAGGUGGGACUUGGCGCCCUGUCUGGGAGAGACGGGAUCUCAAAUGAAGGAAGGAUGCUUCGCCGGGGUUCACUGGAGGAGACCGUUCCCAGUCCGCUCUCUCUUGUGUGCGGCACGGCUGCUGUCUUUUUUCACCGCGCUAAACAGUGCUAUCGGAUGAACGGACCACCGACCGACUGGAUGCAUAUGUAGUGCCAUCUACACCGUGUGCUCGCAUGUUCCCGAAGACGAAAGAACAUGUCCAGACAGGCUGGCGUCCUCUCGAGCACAGCUGUGACCCACACAGGCUGCUGAGUGCAUGUCAUUAUUCCCAAAUUGUCUGGGUUUUUUUGAGAAUCCGUGGCUGCAAGUUGCUCUGGUGUGCUGCUUCAACGCACCAGAAUCAGGACAGCAGUUCCGUAUCUUUUUUCCAGUACUGAACUUUGAAUUUGUUCAACAAUGAGAGCACACUGUUGGAAAUGGCCACUUUUCCUCUUGUAAAGGAAUGGACAGACUACAGCUCUCCACUAUUAUGAAUCAAUGUAAUGCUUGGUUUCUAAGAUCUUGACAUUCCACUAUGGCGAUGAUUAGCCCUCUCUGAAUGUUUUGUUUGUUUGUUUGUUUUACUUUUCUUUUUUUUCCUUCUUUCUUCUGCUGUUUGUUUAUCCUUGACCUUGUCAUGUGUUUAUCGAAUGCAUUGUGUAAAAUGUGGACAUGGGAAUGCACGCACAAAUAUGAAUAUUAUGAAAAUAUUUAAAUCCAUAUGUAUACAAACCCAUAUUCAACAUCUACUUCACAAGCUCCACACAUGUUCCUGGGGCAAGGCUGUGACAGCAGGGGUAGACUAAAGACUGUGAUCAGACCAGAGAGAUGAUGCCAGAGUUUUAGAAUGGCCACCACUGCCCCUCAGCCAUCACUAAGCCAUCACAAGUAGAUCCCAGAGCACUGGACAUCUGGGAUUGAUUGGUUGUUUAUUGCUUUCCAUCUGCUAGUUUCUUAUCAUUUGCCUAUUUUUUUCUUUGAAAAUAAGAGCCUUAUUCGUAUUUUUGUUUUGUACUUGUAUACCUCACAUUUUUUUUAAAUCAAUUCAUAUCAUCCUUGCUCAAU